UCGAUCCGCACUGGAUCCGCCCUGGAUCGCGGGCUCGCUUUCCCAAGUCCGUCGCCAUCGCUUUCCCCCCUCGUCGCCAUCAUCCACCAUCCAGCAUCGGCAUUGGCAUCGGCAAUAGCCAUCAGCAUAAGCCGGCCAGCCAGCACAGUCGAUACAACCCCAGUUCUCUCCAACCCUCGGAGCACGUACCAACCUCCCCCUCGAGACAAGCACACGCACACGCACACACACCAGCCAUGGAGAAGCAGUUUGUGGAUGACCAGCUCCGCCUCCUCGACGAGCGCCUGCGACACCUCGAGAUCCUGACCUCGCCGCACCUCGCCGGCCUGAGCGAGCGGGCCCUCGAGGCUGCUGCGUCGCAGGGAUCUCUGCUCGGGACCGUCCAGCUCAUCCAGAACAAGCUGCGGUCCAUAUCCGAGGAGAAGCGAGCCAUCGGCGAGUUCCUGCAUCAGUACACCGAGCUGAGGAGCCUGCUCGAGUCCAAGCUGCCUGCCGCCGAGUCCAACGCCAGCGAGACCCGCGAGGUCGAAGUCAAGCGGGAGCUGGUUCUGAACGCCGAGGAAGAGUGGGCCGAGCUCGAGCACCAGCUCAAAGAGAUUGAAUUCCUGCAUACCGAGCUGGACAACCCGCUCCUGAAAGACCUGGACAAGUUGCUGCCGCAGCUUGCGCCUCUGGAGGCCCGCUAUGCGCUGCAGACCGAAACCGCCACAAGGAUCCAUACCCAGUACCUGAUCAUCAUGGACACCUACAACAAAUUUGUCCAUACUCUCUCCGAAGUCUUUGUUUGGUACCAGGAGAUGCUGACGACUCUGGAGUUGCGCGUGCUCAAGGCCGAAGAACAGAAGAAGCUUGAGGGGCAUUAAUGUCCUCCCCGCCUCUACCUCCUGAUUUUUUAUCUACAGCUCGUCGAUUCUCCUCCUCGUUUCCGAUCCAUCACACUCCCGACCGCUCGACAGCAUGGUCCUCCAGUUUACUCCCUUCCUCUCAUGUACAUUUUGGCUCUUGGGUCCAUGCCUUGGAACCACAGACUAUUUGCCGCAAGAACGCAUUCGUCCAUCACUCAAUGUCCCAGGGAGUGGAUGCUGAUGAUGGCAAGAUGCAGGAGGGCCAUAUCAAAUGGAACGAAUCUGUGACAGUAUUUCGAGUGGGUGAAUGGGCCUCCGAGUGAAGACCACCGGUAGCUCUCCGGUCUCCACAAUCGACCUGCACACUGGUCUCGGAGUGCCAGUCUCAUUUCCCCCUGAAUACAGUGUAUGCGUGUUCGGUCA